AAUAAUAAUUGUUCGUAUGGUUUACACAACGAAAUUUACUAGUUGCUAUUUCUACUAACUUUCUAAACACCACAAGUUUUAUAUCUCUCAUAAAAAACACAAAAAUGCAGAUAAACAUAAACUGAGGUAAACAAAGUCAUAAUAAACACAUUUGGCUAAGGAUUGAUAAGAAUUGCAUCAUGUGUGUUUCAACAUACUUUAUAUUAUAAGAAGAGUAGGAAACAAAAGAAAAUAAAAAGAAAAAUAAACACGUAAAUAAAAGAAUAACGAAAGCAAAAUAAAAAAUAUAAAAAUCUACAUUACUCAAGAACCUGACAUGCUAAUACAUUUUAAAAGGUAGAUUUAAAUCUUACGCACAGAACUACGUAUUAAUUAAUAUAUAACAUAUCAAAUGCAAAAUGGCUGUUAACCUGUGUUAUUGAUCCACUGCAGUCUCAUUUCAAUAAGAUCAGCUGUGCGACAAUAUGGCGGAUACUUCGUACAUUAACAAACUAACUUAUGUUAAACUAAGAUCCAUGCAAGACUAAAAAAACAGGUGGUUUUUUUUGCACAAACUGGUAGUGGAAACAACUUUACGAGAUCCAAUUUAGCGUUAAUUAGGAAGAAAUUCUUGAAAUAAUUCGAGAGAAAAAUUUGAAAAUAAAAAUAAAUUACAACUUCAACAUUAGUGAGGAUAUUUAUGAAGAGAAAACGGUGGUGAACCGUGAAAAGAUAAUACAAAAUUAUAAGAGAGCUGUUAUACAAACAUUAUUCUAUAUGAUAGUUACGUUUAUCAUAAAUCUAUCGUCAACAUUAUGAAAAAAAAGCAACGAAUAACAAUUUUGAUGAAGAAGUGCGUCAUACGUAUAAUUGAAGAAAAAUUCAAAUAAAGAAUAGAUAUCAUUAUAAAAUGUAUAUCGUAUGUCAAAUCAAUAAAGUACAGUGACUGAAUCGCCUGAAGAAACCAAAUUAGAUUAUAUUCUACUAAACACCAAGAUCCAUUGGUACAUAGAACACCGACAACGAGACAACUGCCUUAUAUUUGCAACAGUCGAGUAGCGUUCUUUCAAAUUUACGAAAGAUAUUAAAAUCUUGUAACAAAUCACGUACCGUUUAAAUUUAACCAGAAGUUUCUAUAUAAGCACAUAAACGUAUCUUACAAAAUCAGUUCACUUAGAUCAGAGGGAAGAGAUACAUCUCUGUUAUAGUGACAUUAUUAAAAUAUAUAUACGCGUGUAUAUUUAUACAUAUUGUGUAUAUUUGUUUAUGUGUAUGUGGUUUGUGUAUAUAUAUGCACAUAUAUAUGCACCUAUACAAAACAUCUGUAAGUUAAUUAGUUGUUAAUUACAGUGUAGAAAUAUAUUAGAAUAUACACAAGUAUUUUAUUCCUAAACUUUAUAAAAUCUAUAUCUAUAUCUAUAUCUAUUGUUGAAUGUUAAAAAACUAUAAGUUAACUCUUAAAAAGAGAUUUAUAAUUUAAUCAUUAUAUGAACAGAAGUAGUUGUAAAUUCAAAUAGUCAAAAUUAUUUGUUAUGAAAAUAGGAAAAUACUAUAGCUUUUAUUAUAAUCAAAGAGAUAUGAGUGCUUAUUAAAAGUGAUUCUUUUUAGAGAAUACUUUUGCAAAGAAGGUGAUAAAAGUGUAUAACUUUGUAAGCAGUACUAUCAUUGUUAGUCAACAUGAAAGACAAUCCAGAUUGUGUUAUUCUCAAUACGGGUGAAACACAUAAUUAUCAUCAACCUGUCUCUGCCAAACCUUCAGUCGUUUCAGUUUCAAGUAUUGAUUCUGAUGUUAGUGAUAGAAGGGAUGUACGCGAAGAGCUUUAUGCUGGAAUCUUCAGAAGGCAUAGAAAAACUAUAUUGGUAAUAGGCAGUUUUCUAAAGAUGCUAAAAAAAUACUCGGACAGAUUGCAUGCUCUGAAUCGAAUAUUUGGUUUAUUUGCCAUACGAUUUGAACAUGUUACAAGACAUAAAUUUUGGUAAAUUGGCAGUAAAAUAUAUGUAUAUACUAUGCAAUUCUUUUUUUUAAAUUUUAUGAUCUGUUUUAUGAUAUAUUCAUUUAAUUGAG